AUGACCUCAACCAACCACCCACAACCGCCUGAAGAUGAGAUCAGACACUUCAAGUCAAUCCCAUGGUGUCUGAAACACCUGCAACCACCAAACACAGAGCUCAUUGUCACAUCAGCCUACAGCCGAUCCAGAAAACCCAACUUUGAGGACUCUCUGUUCUCGGAAACCAUCAACACACCCCAAACCCUCUCGCACUUUAUCCUCUUCUACCCUCGUCCCUCCAACCCACGUACCGUCCUGUCCGAGAUUAAGGGUUUGAUAACUCUAGGCAACAACCUCGAUGGUCAUCCAGGGAUUUGCCACGGUGGAAUUGUAGCUACCAUCUUCGACGAGGUACUUGGAUAUGCUGCACCGGGCGGCCGGCUCCACGGCGAGGGUGAGAACACCAGAGCGCCCGUGCCAUCCUAUGUCACGGCUUAUCUGAAUACGACAUACCUACGGCCUGUCAGGACGCCAGGAACCAUCCUGGUUAUUGCAAGGACGACCAAGGCGGAGGGAAGGAAGAUCUGGGUGGAGGCGUCGAUGGAGGAUGGCGAGGGUAACAAGUUGGCAAAGGCUGACGCAUUGUUUGUGGAGACAAAGUUAAAGCUAUAG